AGCCGUAGAGGAUUGAGAUUACCCAAAUAAAAUUUUUAAUAUAUAUUUAGUUUUCAUUGAAGGUUGAAAAAAUGUUGGUUAAACAACUCGUGAAACAAGGACUUUUGUUCAGAAAUGCUGCCGCCAUUACGCGUGCUGCAUAUCACGAUGGUGGACUUAAACCUUCGACUAUGAAUGAUUUGCCAAUUCCUUCCGGAGACUGGCAGGAGCAGUACUCUCGUCAAAACUCCAAGUACAAUGCAGUGUUGAUACUAGGUGUUUUGACUUUAGUUGGUACCAUAAGUAUCGCUAAGACUUCAGGUCUUAUUGAACUUAACUACGCACCACCAAAGUCAUUGGAUUAAAUAGAUUUGAAUUUUGCAUAUUAACAACACAUUAAGUGAUUUAAUAUAAAUAAAUUGUAUGUAUUAAGUGUAAGAUGCAGAAAAAAAUGUUCGUUAAGAAAAUAAACAAAUAAAUUGAUUUCCAAUUAUGAAA